AUGCGCGGGAGCCUCAGGACGGGCGCGGGGGCCUCAGGACGGGCGCGGGGGCGCGCGUGCGCGGGGGCCUCAGGACGGGCGCGGGGGCGCGCGUGCGCGGGACCUCAAGACGGGCUCGGGGCGCGCAUGCGCGGGGGCCUCGGGACAGGCGCGGGGGGUCUCAGGAAGGGCGCGGGGGGGCGCGCAUGCGCGGGGGCCUCAGAGGACGGGCGCGGGGCGCGCAUGCGCGGGGGCCUCGGGACGGGCGCGGGGGCCUCAGGACGGGCGCGGGGGGCGCGCAUGCGCGGGGGGGGCCUCGGGCCGGGCGCGGGGGGCGCGCAUGCGCGGGGGCCCUGGGGCCGGGCGCGUGUCCCGAGCCCGCGGCCCGUCCGCGCGUCGCUUCCGGUUCCGGUCCGUCGCCGCUUCCGGUUCCGGCGCGUCGGCGUCUCCCCGUCUUUCCGUCGGCAGGGCGGGCGGCAUGGCGUCUCGGAAGGAGGGCUCCGCGCCCGCCGGGCCCUCGUCGUCCUCGCCGUCGUCCUCCUCGGCCCCCUCAGCCCCCGGAGCCUCCUCAGCCGCCCCGCCCUCCUCCUCCACCCCUCCGCCGGCCCCUCGGGCGCCAAGGCCAAGGGGAAGCCCGCCGGCGGCGGGGCCGGGCUGGGCCCGGGGGACUCGGCCGUCAAGCAGGUGCAGAUCGACGGCCUGGUGGUGUUGAAAAUAAUUAAACAUUAUCAAGAAGAAGGACAGGGGAAUGAAGUGGUCCAGGGAGUACUUUUGGGCCUGGUGGUGGAAGAUCGCCUGGAAAUCACCAAUUGCUUCCCGUUUCCCCAGCACACGGAGGACGAUGCGGACUUCGAUGAAGUCCAGUACCAGAUGGAAAUGAUGAGAAGCCUUCGCCACGUGAAUAUCGAUCACCUUCACGUCGGUUGGUAUCAGUCCACGUACUACGGCUCGUUUGUCACCCGCGCUCUCCUGGAUUCCCAAUUCAGCUACCAGCACGCCAUCGAAGAGUCUGUAGUUCUCAUUUAUGAUCCCAUAAAAACUGCUCAAGGAUCCCUCUCCCUCAAGGCUUACAGACUGACUCCUAAACUGAUGGAAGUUUGCAAGGAAAAAGAUUUCUCUCCUGAAGCAUUGAAAAAGGCGAACAUUGCCUUUGAGCACAUGUUUGAAGAAGUGCCGAUUAUAAUUAAAAAUUCACAUCUGAUCAAUGUCUUAAUGUGGGAGCUGGAGAAGAAGUCAGCUGUAGCCGAUAAGCACGAACUGCUCAGCCUGGCCAGCAGCAAUCAUCUGGGGAAGAGCCUGCAGUUGUUGAUGGACAGAGUUGAUGAGAUGAGUCAAGAUAUAGUCAAAUACAACACAUACAUGAGGAACACCAGUAAACAGCAGCAGCAGAAACACCAGUACCAGCAGCGUCGUCAGCAGGAGAAUAUACAGCGCCAGAGCAGAGGAGAACCGCCCCUUCCCGAGGAGGACAUGUCCAAACUCUUCAAGCCACCCCAGCCACCCCCCAGGAUGGAGUCCCUGCUCAUUGCCGGCCAAAUUAAUACUUACUGUCAGAACAUCAAGGAGUUCACAGCCCAGAAUCUAGGGAAGCUCUUCAUGGCCCAAGCCCUCCAAGAGUACAACAACUAGGAAAAGGAGCCAAGUCGUUCGGUGUGAUGAGUUCUUUCCAAAUAAGGCCUGCCUCCAGACUCUCCGCAUCUUCCAGGGAUGGCUCUUCAGAAAGAAAAUUGGCGCAUUAGAAAUUUUUUAAAAUAUCCCUUUAAUCUCGGGUGCCAACCACGGCAUUAAAUCUAACCUCUUCGGCCCCCCAAAUAAAAAUGCAAACCUGUUUUCAGUGUU